AUGGCGGGCGAUCAUGGUUCCCAAGGCCCCGUCGUGAUAGGCAUUUGUAUUGCAUUUGCCAUCCUGACGUUUAUUGUCUUGUCUCUGCGACUCUUUGCACGCAUGUACGUGCUCGGCAAGAUGGGUCUUGACGACUAUCUCAUCAUUGCGGCUUGUCUUUUGGCGUGGGCAUUCAUUGCUGCCACUAUUGCCGCGGUUCAAAACGGACUUGGCCAACACUACAAGUAUACCGAUAAGUCCAAGCUUAUGGACUAUUCAUUUGCCGUCUGGCUGAGUUCGAUGCUCUACCUGGCUUGUCUGGGCUUCGUCAAGACAUCUGCCUUGUGGUUCUACACCAGACUGGGAGACCGUGUCCUCACCCGCAUAUUCUAUGUGAUGAUGGGCGUCAUCAUCUGUCAAGCCACCUCCUUCGUUCUCGUCGCAGCCUUCCAGUGCCAGCCCAUCAGGAUGGCCUGGACCGGCACUGGCCCCGGAAAAUGCGUCAACAUUAACAUUUUCUACCUCGCCAACGCCGCUCUCAACAUUUUGACGGAUCUCCUGACCUACACUCUCCCUGUACGAGUCAUCUUCAAGCUCCAGAUGCCUCACAAGCAAAAGAUCGCCCUUGGCUUCAUUCUCUGCCUGGGUCUCUUUGCCUGCGUCUCCUCCAUCAUCCGAAUCACCUACAUCCCCGCGAUGCUCAGCUCUUCAGACUUUACCUACGCCAUCAGCGGUGCGAUGUACUGGUCCGUAAUUGAAACCAAUGUCGGUAUCCUCGCGGCCUCCAUCCCAUCCUUCAAAGCCAUCGCCUCACGCUUCAUGCCCCGCUUCAUUGGGGAGUACAGCAGCGGAAGGAAAUACUACGGCCCCUGGUCCAGCACCGGUGCUGCCCGACGCUACGGAUCCGGCUUCGCGAAGGUCACGGACCCCGCCAAUAUUACCAUGGGUACUAUGAAUGAAAAUGGGGAUAUUACUACGGGAACUCGGAUUGGUACCAUGGCAGAUAACUCCAGCGAGGAGCGCAUCAUCGUCCCUGACGGUAAGAUCUUCACGCAGACGGAGAUCGAGACUACGAUCGAGUCGACUGAGCCCUUGGAUUCGUCUGGCGAGCGGGCUCGUCAGUUGACUAGGGGCUUUUUGAGGUAA